CAAAGAAGAUAAUGAUUCAUGGGACCAAACAAGUUGGAGAACGUAUUAUGGCAGGUAAGUAGCAAUACAACUGAAAACUUACACAAUUAUAAAAAUCAUGGCUACUGCCACUCGUCUCUUCUUCCUUAGAACCUCUGCCUUUACUUUCACUUCUAAAAGGCACUCUGUUACUCUUUUUGACAACAAAGUUCAGUCUUUCCGUAUCAAAGCAGCAAAUAUAGAGGGAAGUGAAAUUGAAGGAAAAGAGGAAGUGGGUAACAGUGAAAAGAAGAAAAUAUUUGUUGCAGGUGCAACUGGGAACACUGGAAAGAGGAUUGUUGAGCAGCUUUUGGCUAAGGGUUUUGCUGUCAAGGCUGGAGUUCUUGAUAUUGAUAAGGCUAAAUCAACCUUACCUGGUCAAAACCCUGAUCUUCAAAUUGUGAAAGCAGAUGUCACAGAGGGAUCAGCAGGGCUAGCUGAUGCCAUUGGCACUGAUUCAGAUGCAGUAGUAUGUGCUACAGGUUUUCGACGUUCAUUGGAUUUUCUGGCUCCAUGGAAGGUUGAUAACUUUGGCACAGUGAACCUUGUUGACGCAUGCCGAACAAUUGGUGUUAAUAGAUUCAUCCUUAUUAGCUCCAUUCUGGUCAAUGGGGCUGAAAUGGGCCAGUUGUUUAAUCCAGCAUAUGUAUUUCUUAAUGUUUUUGGACUGACGUUGAUAGCAAAGCUCCAAGCAGAACAAUAUAUUCGGAGAUCUGGGAUCAACUACACAAUAAUAAGGCCUGGUGGGCUAAAAAACGAUCCACCUCAAGGAAACAUUGUAAUGGAACAAGAGGAUACCCUUUACGAAGGCUCGAUAUCUAGAGAUCAGGUGGCUGAAGUAGCAGUUGAGGCAUUAGUCCUUGCAGAAUCUCAUUACAAAGUUGUGGAGAUAGUAGCUCGUACUGAUGCCCCUAAACGUUCAUUGGAGGAACUAUUCGGUUCCAUAAAGCAGCACUAGCUUGUCAAGAUGAUAUUUCUUGUCUAUGUAUAUGCAUUAUUUACAGAUAUUGUUACUCAAGAUCACAAUGCAACAACUUAAUAGUGCAAGAUCCUUCUCUGCAAAGUAGUGCUUUUACAGUUGUUACAGGUGUGUAGUUGACCACUGCUUUUUCAUAUUGUAGGGAAACCUGAAACUUUGUAAUAGUCAUUUACUUGUAACAUUUCCUAACACUACAAAUUUGAUGGAAGUUGAAGAAAAGAAAGUUGGAAGUGAAUGAUUAAAAGAGAGCUUAUUGAAGACCA